GAAAUUCGCGCGUUAACAAAAAGGAUAAAACAUAACCUAUGAUGACCAUUAGCGCUCUUAGCGCUAGUUACUAUAGAUCUUCUCACGAUGUUAAAUGUUACAUCUUUUAUUACAAAUGUCCCUAAUAUUUGUAACUAGUGUUUUGUACGUGGGCGUUAUAUUUACUUGUAGUUUUGUUAGAUUAUUUUCUUUGUAUGUAUUAAAAACAUAGUGAACAUCUAUGGACUUUUCCUAAUUUAUAUCACAAAGUAACUUCCUUCCUUUACCACUCUACCUACUUUCGUCGAUGUUGCUACGUCGACAGAAAGAGAUUAAAAGAAGCGAUGAGAACUGUCAUUAUCAGCAUGUGGUAGCUAAAGCAGUUAAUAUUUUAAAAACAAUUAUUACAAACGUUUACACUGUUUGUAAUGUGUAAAUCUUAAUUAAAUAAAUUAAUUUUGACAUAAAUCAUUUUUAAAAUGUCAGAGAGCUCGAUAAUAUGGCUCUCUUUAGUUAUGUUAGGUGGCUCGUAUUUGGCCGGUUUUUUGCCAUUAAUUAUGAAUUUAUCGGAGGACAAAUUGCAAUUAGUAUCUGUACUUGGAGCUGGGCUCCUUGUUGGAACUGCAUUGGCUGUAAUAAUACCUGAAGGUAUAAGAGCAUUAUUUACAGCCCCUCCUGGUAGUGAUCAUCAACAGAGCGAUAGUGAUUUACAUUCUUUGAUAGGGAUUAGUUUAGUACUUGGUUUUAUAUUUAUGCUCUUGGUCGAUCAAUGUACAAGAAGAGGCGGAGGUAAGGAGAAAAGUUUUACUGCUACAUUAGGCCUUGUCGUUCAUGCAGCUGCAGAUGGAGUAGCAUUAGGUGCUGCAGCAACAACCUCGCAAGCUGAUGUUGAAGUCAUAGUAUUUCUAGCAAUCAUGCUACAUAAAGCCCCUGCUGCAUUUGGCCUAGUAUCUUUUCUACUUCAUGAAGGAGUGGAAAAAAAGAAAAUAGGGAAACAUUUAUUAGUAUUUUCUCUUUCUGCACCCUGCCUUGCACUUCUAACAUAUUUUGGUAUUGGAAAAGAAGGUAAGGAAACCCUCAGUAAUGUCAAUGCGACAGGACUAGCAAUGUUGUUCAGUGCAGGAACUUUUCUAUAUGUAGCUACUGUACAUGUUUUACCAGAAUUAAUGACCAGAGAAGUUAAUUAUUCUCGUUUACCAACAACUGAAGCAACAACAACAAGUGUCUCUGGUCUUAGAUUUAAAGAAAUAUUAGUAUUAGUAAUUGGUUCAUUUUUACCAUCACUACUUACAACUGGACAUCAACAUUGAUACAGAGCUCAUAUUUUAUACUACACCAGUUUCACUCAUUGCCCUCAUAAAUUUUUAUAAUUUAAUUUUUUAUACACGUAAAAACUAAAAUUUUUUGAGACGUGUAUGAAUACAGCAAUCUUUGUUGUUAAACGAUAUGUAUAUAACAUUAUUUGAAUUCGAACUUAAAGAAUACUUUAGGUACUAUUAUAAAAAGAUAAUAUUUAGGCAUAAACAAACAGAUCUUAUAAAUUUUUUGUUAUUCUAGUAUUUCUGUACAUCAUAAUGAUAAACUAUUUCUUAUUCAACGUUUAAUGAAUACAGGGAUAUCAUUAAAUAUGGUUUUAGGGGACAGUAAUGAAUUCUUAAUUUAAAAUAUAUUAUUCUUGCAUUAUAAAUAAUGCAUAAAACGAUAAAAUUUUGUGCGAUAAACCAUCUAAAG